AUGCUGAAAAUGCGAUAUGGCGAUCGCCGAGCGGAGGCACAUGGUGCUUUAAAGGCGAAGGCGAUGAUCUGUUAGUAACGUGGCACAGCAAAAGCAAAACGAUCUCUUUUGACGGUAAAGCGGCUGAUGAAAUUAAAGAACGAAUUCACGAAGCUAUAGCAACAAAUAUACAGAUUUGACAAAUGUCGAAGUCGCAAAUGUAGAAGCCACCAAUGUUGAAGCCGCAAAGGUCGAAGCUACAAAUGUCGAAGCCACAAAUGUCGAGGCUACAAACGACGAAGCCGCAGAUAUCGAAACCAGAGAUAAUACUAACGCUAUCGAAUUGGUCAACAUCAGUGAUUCUACCUUACUGCCUAAUGAUUUAUGCGGUAAGUGGUCUGAUCUAGCCGACAAGGUCGAACUCCUCGAAGAUCGAAUGAAUAAUAACUUUAUGGAUAUCGCAAAAUCAAUAAACAGUUUGAAAGCAAAGGAAGGAUUAAAUACGGAGCUCUCCCGUGAAUAUGUUGAUAGUAUUGUGCGGGAAAAUGUAAAAUUAAGACAGGAUAAUGAAAAUUUAAGGGAGCGUUCUGAAAAUCUUUCGUAUAUUAUAUCAGAUCUAAACACUAAAGCUAAAAGAUUGAAAAUGAGAAAGAAUCCCUGAUUACAGCGUUGGGAAUGUUACAAUCAGAUCUAAAUGAGAAAUAUAAAGGGGCUGAUUGGCAAACUGUCAAAGGUUCUGUUAUAAAAAACGGUAGCUAUAAACAGAUGUCCGCAUCUAGUAUAGAUGCUGAUACCAAUCCGAAUGUCGAGAUUAGCAACAGAUUUGAAAGUCUAAUUUACGAAGGCGAUGAAGAAUCUGAUGAUCAAGAAAUUCCUAACACGACAAAAACAAAAGAGAAAUUAAGCCUUCAACAAAAGGGCUUUGGUAAGAAUCAAAUGAGCGAAUCUGAUGACAAAGCUGCUCAAUCGAAUUAG